AUGGCAAUUCGUACCGUCGGCGUUAUCGGCACCGGCGUCAUUGGAGCGUCGUGGACCGGUUUGUUCCUAGCCCACGGUCUGCGCGUCCUGGUGUCCGACCCUGCGCCGAAUGCGGCAAGCAAGCUUCGGACGCAUCUCAAAGGCAUUUGGCCUACACUUGAAGAUGUUGGGCUGUCGCCCAAUUCAUCCUUGUCGAAUUACCAGUUUGUGGGAGCCAGCAUGCAGCAGCACUAUUCUGAGCUCGAUUUCGUUCAAGAGAAUGCGCCCGAAAGGUUGGAUGUCAAGACGAAGCUGCUGGGCGAGAUUGACGCGGGAACUCGUCCAGAAGUCACCAUAGCGUCAUCGUCCUCUGGAAUUCCAAGCUCGCAAUUCAUCUCACAAUGCGGCAAAGCGCCAGAACGUGUGCUCAUCGGCCAUCCGUUCAACCCACCUCACCUGAUGCCCCUUGUCGAGGUCGUGCCUCAUCCAAAGACUGCCAAAGCUAGCAUUGAAGCUGCCCUGUCAUUCUACAAGUCGCUCGGCCGGAGGCCCGUCCACAUUCGCCAGGAAGUGCCCGGGUUCGCAGCCAAUCGUCUCCAAGCCGUCUUGUGCAACGAAGCCUACAGUUUGGUCAGCAGAGGCAUCAUGUCUGCCAAAGAUCUCGACGAGUGCGUAACGUCCAGCCUUGGACCGCGCUGGGCCGUGACGGGACCGCUAAUGUCAAAUGCAAUGGGUGGCGGAGGAGGAAGUGAUGGCUUCAAACAUCUCCUUGAGCAUCUAGGGCCGGCUACGGAGAAAUGGAUCGAGGACAUGAAAGCCCAUGCAUUCGAAUGGACUCCGGAACGGCUGGCUGCUCUGGCAGACAGCGUCGCCGAAGAACUUGGCACCCAAGAUGUCCACGAACUUGAACGCAAGAGAGAUGCUACUCUAUUAGCGUUAUUCCGUCUCAAGAACAAGGACGACACCGAGUAA